AUGGCAACAGUAAAUGAAUCUAAUUCAUGUUCAAUUUGCAAUAAAUCUUCAGCGAAACGUUUUUGCAUUGGAUGUAAAAAAUAUUUCUGUCUGAAGGAUUUCAAAGAACAUGAACAACAACUAUCAAUGAAAUUUGAUGCUGAAAUAGUAACAUCACAUGAUGAAUUACUUAAUCAAAUACAAAAAUUAGAAAAAUCAAAUUAUUUCUCAUUAGAUUUUCUUGAUCAAAUUGAACAAUGGAAAAAAACAACAAUCAAUAAAAUAGAACAAGCAGCAGAAAAAGUUCGUCAUGAACUUAUCGAAUUAAUUGAUAAACAAAGAAUAACAAUAACAAAACAACUUAAAUUGAUUACAGAAGAAAUUCGUUGUUGUCAAGACGAAGAAACUUUUGUUGAAAAUGAUAUUGACCGAAUUCGAAAAAAAACUCAAUGA